ACUACCAAAGCAUAACAAGCUUUAGUUAGUGAAUGAUUAAAAAGUUUAGAAUAUUUCUGAAACCGCACAGAAAAUUAUUUGAUAAAAGUGUACAAAUAAUAAAUCUCCCAAAAUAUAUAGUGGAAACAUAAAAUAUAAGCGAAUUGGAGCUGCUUUAAAGUUUUUGCAAAAACAGUGAAUAUACUAUUUGGCCAAUUAAUAUACCAAUACAUUGACUGAUUUUUAUUUGUGAAAAAUAGUUUUGACAUCAAAAGUGAUUUCAUUCUAACUGGAUUUGCAUAAUGGAUUUGAAAUUUUUCUACACCUGCUCCAGCCUAGUCUUUCUGCUGGUUGGCGGUGGCAAUUACAUCGGUGGCAUAGAUGGCAAACCUGCAGUGACAGAACUUGGCUAUGUUGAUACCAUUGAUCAGGAAUAUAUUGUACCCUAUCAACACCCGAUUACCGAUUAUCAUCUGAGUCGCUUGCGGCGCGGUUACUAUUAUGUCGAGAAUGGCUACAUCACUGCUAUACCAGAAUCAGUCAUCCAUGGCAAUAGGCGUGCAGAUACUGGGACCACCACAACGGUGAAUGGAGCAAAUAAUAAGCGUACACAUGGCAAACGCAAGAAGCUGUUUGUACCCAAUUUAUUUGGCUAAAAAGAACAGAAGUAAAAGGAACUUUAUAAAGCGAACCCGUGAGAAAGUGUCAGCUGUUGAGGUGGGUGCCACGUUAUUCAAGAGAAAUGUGACUGAAAUACGAGGGAUAAUGCUUAAGCAUAUUACAGUUUUUUUAUAUUUGUUUCCCGUUUGUGGUUGGCAAUUUGAGAUGAUAGACUGAAAAAAAUGUUUGACAGAUAUUUUGCUCUGUUAAAUAUUUAUUAGCUCUGCUAUCUUUAAUUGUACAUAAGAGUAGAGUAGUUGUAGUAGUAAUAUGUAUGAGCUUAUAUAUAUAAGUUCUUAUGGUUCCACGAGGGCACAAAAGGCCCUUAUGAACUUAACUCGUAGAUAUUUGAUAGUUGUUCUUUAUUUAAAUUGUUUAUUUUUAAGCACUUAUGCACCUGAUUGUAUUAAGUUUAUUUCAUGUAAAAAAGUAUAUUUUGAGCCUUUAUGUAUAUACAUAUGCAGCAAUAAAUGAAUAUUUUUUAUGUUA